AUGCUCAGCGAGGCAGACGAGCGAGCACCGCUGCUCCAAUUCCCCGGCUUCUAUAGCGAAGGCCGCGAACCCGAGAACCUCCCGGAUGCAUACAAGCAGUUCUGUACUCUGAUCGGGAAUCGACCUCUGGAAUUACCCAAAGACGCACGCUACAACCCGCCAAAAGACUCGCUCUACUACCGCGCGAUUCAACAUGGGAAGAUGCAAGGCCGAAUGUACGCUUUUACGUCCGCCUUGACGAACACGCUCCUCCUGAGCCAGGUGGUGCUUGGAGCCGCUCUUACUGGACUCGGCGCGAGCGAUUCUAGCAGGGUGCUCAUUACUGUAUUUGGAGCUUUGAACACCGUCAUCGCUGGACUGGUAGCUUUCAUGAAAUCCAGAGGUCAACCCAUGAGAGCUCGCAUGUUCCGCGAUGAUCUGGAUCGCGUGGUGGACGAGAUUGAGAAUUCUGCUACGAUGUGGAAAGGAAUCAGCCAGAAGAUCCACGGAUACGAUGCAAUUGAUACGGACGACUCUGUUACCGUGCGCAGUGAGGUGGCGAGGUUGACGAGAUUGUACGACCGGGCUGUCAAGACGAACACCCUGAAUGGUAAGGAUGCCAAAAGCUUGUCUAUCUAGACAUCUGCUAACAUACGCUCGAGACCCCGACUUCUACGGCGCCGGAAUCUCAGUAGAUCCCCACAACGCAGCUGGUCUCCGUAGUCGCACAGGCCAGACUCCCCUGCCAGCAAUGCCAUCAAACAUGCCGCCGCCAGCAGCCGGACCCGCUUCUGCCGCGACAGAUGCUGCUCCAGCGCCCUUGCCAGCACCCUCUGCUGACCCGGAUGAAAGCCCUGCGACCAAAGCACCAACGGCACCCUCCCCGAAGAAGAAAGACGACGAUAAGGGUAAGGAGCCAGACAAGACAGCAGACCCGAACGCGAAGAAACCAGAUGUCUCUCAAACUCCUGCGCCCGCUGCUGUCGAUCCGGAUGAGAGUCCAGCCACGACUGCAAAGCCAGCGAAGCCGCCGAAAGAUGAGACAAAGCCCAAUGGCGAAGCGAAUGCCGGAGCGCCGAAGCCAUCCUAG